GCGCCCGCCAUUUCUGUUCAUCUAUCAAAGCGGCAACUUCUCGUCCUCUUUCAUAUUUCUCGUCCGCCUUUAACGCUUCACUCGGCGUCUAGUCACGUGCAAAUCUCCCGAAAUCCAAAACCAUCCACAGUUUAAAAUGGCAGAUGAAUACUUUUUCGCACUUACAUUAAAAGGAAAGAACUCCACGGAGGUUUGGGACCCGAAGCAAAAAGGCGCCGCAGCGGAUGACUACCAAGGGGGCCACAAACUUAUCAUAAAACAUGCUCUAUUAGGACCAGAAGCCGCAGACGGCGAGGAUAAUGUAGUACAAGUGGAGGCAAUGACAUGGAAGGAUUCAGUAAAAAUUCCAAUUGCUGUCUUAAAGGCUGGCGCAAACAGACAAGUAUUACUAGACCUCUCGUUCCCAGACCCCCCAGUAACGUUUACGCUAAUCCAAGGUAACGGACCUGUUCAUAUUAGCGGGCAUCAUUUGAUUGGGGGUCCCAUAGAAGAAUACGAAGAUAUGGAUGAGAUGGAGGAAGAAAUGAUAGAAGAUGAUGAAGGAGAGGAGGGAGCUGAAGAUGAUGAGGAAACUAGUUAUAGAAAACGCAAAAUAAAUGGAGAUGCAAAGGUGCGAAAUUUUAAUCACUAAA